CUGCUGCCAGUCAACAAACAAGCCGGAAGGCGGUAGCAUUUAGAGUUAUUUUGGAGCAGGAAAACGUGAUUUGCAAUGAAAAUAGCGAUUGAAGGCUGUGCUCAUGGUGAGCUGGAAAAGAUAUACGAGCUAAUCGGAUCCAUACAGGAGGAACAAAACAUUACGGUGGAUCUGCUAAUAUGCUGUGGAGAUUUUCAAUCCACGCGCAACCUACAGGAUCUGCAAUGUAUGGCCGUCCCGCAGAAACAUUUGGAUAUGUGCAGUUUCUACAAGUACUACAGUGGCGAAAAGAAGGCUCCCAUCCUAACGCUCUUCAUUGGAGGAAAUCAUGAAGCAUCCAACUAUCUGCAGGAGCUACCCUACGGUGGUUGGGUAGCGCCCAACAUUUUUUACCUUGGCUAUGCCGGUGUGGUCGAUUGCAACGGUAUACGAAUCGGUGGCAUUUCAGGCAUCUUCAAGGGUCACGAUUAUCUGAAGGGUCGUUUCGAGUUUCCACCCUACGAUGAGGCGUGCAAGCGAAGUGUUUAUCAUCAGCGCCAGAUCGAUGUGUUUCGCUUGAAACAGUUAACACCGACUGUCGAUGUGAUGCUAUCGCAUGAUUGGCCACGCGGCAUCACAAGGUACGGCAACGAAACGCAGCUGCUACGCUUUAAGCCAGCAUUCCGAGAGGACAUCGAGGGUAACAGGCUGGGCAGUGCACCGUGCGAAGGUUUGGUACGGAUGCUGCAACCACCGUACUGGUUUGCAGCUCAUUUGCACUGUAAAUUUGCGGCCCUGGUUGAACAUUCCGAGGAAAAAGCGACAAAAUUCUUAGCCCUGGAUAAAUGUCUACCGAAAAGGCGGUUUCUGCAGAUUCUGGACAUUCCUACCGAUCUGGACGACAAGAAACGGGAGGAAGGCAAUGUAUCUACUGUACGAUUGAAGUACGAUCUGGAAUGGUUGACAAUACUGAACCUGACGAAUCAUCUGAUAAGCAUCCGAACCUCAAACGGUUACAUGCCCGGUGAAGGAUCCGACGAGCGGUUUAACUUUACGCCAUCCGAGGAGGAAAAGGCAAAAGUGUUGGAACGAUUCGAUAAUGAUCUCACCAUUCCGGAUAAUUUUGUACGAAUAGCCGAACCGUAUCAGCCGGACGAAGAAGGUACGAUGGACAUGCGUUCCGUUCAGCAACCACAAGCAUUUUUGAACCCCCAGACGACGACGUUUUGUGAUAAGCUCAACAUUGACGAUCCGUUACGGCUUGCUAUGCUAAUGACGGGACACAAGCUUAAUACUUCCAGUUACGUCGAUCAACAGCCUGACACGGAUGCGAAGGAGCAAAACGUGACAACUAAGGGAUCUUUUAGAUUCUCCAAUGCAGACGAACUAGACGUCGGUGAAGAUGAGGAUGAGGAUUGCGAUCGAAAGGAAGACGCAGAAGAUCUGCAAAAUUCGCCCAAAGAACCUCAAACUCCGGUACAGACAAAACUAUCGCUUUCCUCGCUAUUGCCGCAACCGAAAUGGCGACAACACGAUUCACAUGAUUCUGACCUAUCGACAACGUUUAACGAUUCCACACCGAACUGCAGUAUUGUAAGCAAUCCAACUCCACAGAAAAUGGGCGACCACAGCACAUCCGCCUUAUCGGAAUCUGGUCUUGCAGUAGAUGGUCUUAAUUUAUCUAGCCCCCAGCAACAGAUGGAACCGGAAGCACUGGACAAUCCACCCAUCAAGAAGUUUAAACGGAGAAAUGAAACGAUCUACACAAAGGAUGAGAGUGACUAAGGCGUGAAAAAGAAUAUUAUUUUAGCAGCAGUUUAAAAUGCAUAACGGAAAAUUAUUUUGUUUGCAAUUUUGGAGAGAGUGGAAAAUCGAAAAUAAAACAAUUUUAUAUGAAGAGAAA